UCUGCGUCUCAUCCAAUUACCAUAAUAAUUCUUCAAACUCUAGGGUUUCAAUUUUUUCCCUUGUUUUUAUUUUCAUAGAUUCAUUGUUUGCCCCUUUUUCCUGCAAAUUUUGGGUGAAAUUUCACUUUUUUUCGUCUUUUUUUGAGAUAUUGUUGUUGAAUUUUGAUUUUCUGUUCCUUGACUUUACUUGCAUUGUGGGUGCAGGGUUUUGAUCUACGAAUUGUAAAGAAGGAAGGAAGGCGCACAAGGGUUUUCGAUUUUCUAUUUGGGAGGAUUUGAGUUUUGCGUUUUGUUUUUGUUUUUUUAUUAGGUUUUUAGCUGUAAUUUCUGUAAAUUACAUCAGGGUUGUUGCAAAUUUUCGAAAUUUGAGGUGGGUAUCGGAGUUAUGAGAACGUCCUGGGCAGAUUCUGUAGCGAAUUCUGCAUCUGAGAAUGCAGCUUCUGGUUCUUUAGAGAAUAAUGGUUUAUCUCGUCCAACUCGAUCCACUUAUGUUCCUCCGCAUCUUCGUAACAAGACACCACCUUCUUCGGAACCCCCAGCUCCGUCACAAUCUAAUGAUCGCAUAGGUUAUGUCGGGGCUAUAGGUGGAUCCAGAUGGGGUGGUGGCUUUAAAGCUGAUGUUGGACGUUCUGGACAUAAUUCUAGUGGUUCGGGAUAUGGUUAUGGGGGACGAACUGGCGGUGGUUUGAAUAGUAGAAGUGGGGCGUGGGACAGGAAGGAGCGGGAGGUGAACCCAUUUGGCGAGGAGGAUGGUAAGGAUGCAUUUGGAGAGCAAGAAAACACGGGAAUCAAUUUUGAUGCCUACGAGGAUAUUCCGGUCGACACUAGUGGGGAUAAUGUGCCGGCACCAGUGACUUCAUUUGCUGAGAUAGACUUAGGGGAGAUGUUGAAUCAAAACAUUAGGAGGUGCAAGUAUGUGAGGCCAACUCCAGUGCAGCGUUAUGCAAUCCCAAUAGUCCUUGCAGGGCGGGAUUUGAUGGCUUGUGCUCAAACCGGGUCAGGGAAAACAGCUGCUUUUUGUUUUCCAAUCAUUUGUGGAAUAAUACGAGAGCAUUCUGUACAGAGACCACGUGGACCACGUACUGUCUACCCACUUGCUCUUAUUCUCUCUCCAACAAGGGAGCUCUCAUGUCAGAUACAUGAUGAAGCCAAAAAGUUCUCCUAUCAAACUGGCGUCAAAGUGGUGGUUGCGUAUGGUGGAGCACCAAUUAACCAACAGUUGAGAGAGCUUGAGAGAGGAGUUGAUAUUCUUGUGGCAACUCCAGGACGGUUAGUCGAUUUGCUGGAGAGGGCUAGAGUGUCAUUGCAGAUGAUUAGGUUUUUGGCCCUUGAUGAGGCAGAUCGCAUGCUUGAUAUGGGUUUUGAGCCUCAAAUUAGAAAGAUUGUGGAAGCAAUGGACAUGCCUAGACCAGGUCUGAGGCAGACAAUGUUGUUCAGUGCCACCUUUCCAAAAGAAAUACAGAGACUUGCAUCUGAUUUUCUCUCCAAUUACAUAUUCUUGGCUGUUGGAAGGGUUGGUUCAAGUACUGAUUUAAUUGUUCAGAGAGUUGAAUUUGUUCGUGAGUCUGACAAGAGAAGCCAUCUCAUGGACCUUCUUCAUGCACAGAGGGAAAAUGGAGUUCAAGGCAAGCAAACAUUGACAUUAGUUUUUGUGGAGACAAAAAAGGGAGCUGAUUCAUUGGAACAUUGGCUGUACAUGAAUGGAUUCCCUGCAACCACCAUUCAUGGUGAUAGAACACAGCAGGAAAGAGAAUUGGCAUUAAGAUCAUUUAAGAGUGGAAAAACGCCAAUUUUAGUUGCAACAGACGUUGCUGCUCGUGGUCUUGAUAUACCUCACGUAGCUCAUGUUGUCAACUUUGAUCUCCCCAAUGACAUUGAUGACUAUGUCCACCGGAUAGGACGGACAGGUCGCGCUGGCAAAACUGGGCUGGCUACAGCUUUCUUUAACGACAACAAUCUGUCAUUGGCAAGGCCACUAGCUGAUCUAAUGCAAGAGGCAAAUCAAGAGGUACCUGACUGGCUCACCCGUUAUGCAUCACGGGCUUCCUAUGGUGGUAACAAAAAUCGACGGUCUGGAGGAGGGCGCUUUGGUGGGCGUGAUUUCAGAAGGGAGGGCUCCUUUAAUAGGAAUAUGGAUUACUAUGGUGGAGGGAAUAUUGACUCUGGAUAUGGAAUUCCAAGUGGUUAUGGAGGAUACACUCCAGGUGUGGCGAGUGCAUGGGAUUAACUGAAUCACCUUCUUUUGAGUAUAUGUAUAUACAUGUUCUUCCUUCACAAUUCAAGGAUCAUUUUGUAUCAUUGCAGACGAUCAUAAUCUGUUCAUCUGGGUUCUAAUUUAGGAAAUGCAGUAUUUUGUUCCUUGUUUAUGACCAUAACUUUGCUGGUUUAGAUGAAUCGCAUUGCUAAGGCAGUUGCUUGGUGGCCUCUGGGAUGGCUUAUUAAAACCACAAGGAUUCU